UCUGUAAUUCUACAUAGGCAUCUCUCUCUCUCUCUAGAUUUCUCCCUAAUUCUUCAUUUAGGAGGGAAAACAUACGCCUUCUUUGUUUAUGUUUUUCCUGUGAAAUCUGGUGUCUGAUUGUCUCUUGAAAUUCCUGAUAUACACUUUUGUUCAUUUUUAACAUGGAGAGUGCAAAGGUGAAGGUUGAAGAGGAAGAAAUUUUGGUUGAAAACGAUGCCCUAAAAGGCGAAAAAUCGGUUCUUGACGGUUCAAUUGCUGAAAAUUUGAAUGCUAAAAAGAGGGGUCGGCCUGAGGAGAAUCACAACGAGAAUAAGUGUAAAGUUUGUGGAGAAAGUAAUGGUCUUGUCAUGAAAACUGGAGAAUCAGAGAAAGGGAAGGCGAUGGAAGAAGAUAAAGGUAGUUUGGGAGAUGUAAAAAAAGAAACUCUUGUCCCUUCUUCCGCUGCAGAAGAAGAAACAGGGAAAGAUCUGGAAGAAGGGGAUAUAGUAAUUUUAAGAGACAAGGGGAAGAAAAAGAGCAAGGGAGAGGUUGAAGCGGAUAUAGUAAUUUUAAGAGACAAGGGGAAGAAAAAGAGCAAGGUAGAGACUGAACGGCGGUAUUCUGGGGUUAGAAAAUCGAUGAAAAUAGUUGAGGAGAGGAUUAGAAAGAACAUUGGGUUGAGUAUCAGAGAUGAUGAAGAUGAGGGGGCAUCAAAUAGGGUGAAGGACAAAAAGAAGAAUAGCAAUGGAACUUUGCUGAAAGAGGGUGAAGUCGGAGCUGAAAUAGCCCGAAUGGAGGAUAAGAAGCGUGGAAAAAUGAGCCUGCGUGAUAAAGGCAAGGGGGAGUGUGAAGGAAAAAAGCUAAAUGGGACUGCAUCAGCAGUUGGGGAAGGGAGGGCGAUUGAAGAAGAUAAAGAUAGUUCAGAAGAAGGGGAUAUAAUAAUUUUAAGAGGAAAGGGGAAGAAAAAGCUAAAUGAGACUGAAAAGCUAAAUGGGACUGCAUCAGCAGUUAGGGAAGGAAGGGCGAUGGAAGAAGAUAAAGAUAGUUCGGAAGAAGGGGAUAUAAUAAUUUUAAGAGGAAAGGGGAAUAAAAAGCUAAAUGAGACUGAACCGCUGCAGUCUGGGUCUAGAAAGGCCAAGUUAAAGGCUGUUGAGAAGAUGCGAUUGGACUCUGCGUUGCGGCAUAUCAAAGAUGAUGAAAAUAGGGGGAGGCGCAAAAGGAAGGAUGCCAAUGGAACUUCGCUGGAAGAAGAGAGAGAAUUCGGAGUUAAAAUACCCCAAAUGGAGGAUAAGAAGACUGAAAAAAGGAGUUUGAGAGAUAAAGGCAAGGGGGAGUGUGAAGGAAAAGAGCUAACUGGGACUGCACCAAAGACCAGAGUCGGAAUGAAAAGAGAUGAGAAUGGAUAUCUGGAAUCAAAUAUGUGUCACCAAUGCCAAAGAAAUGACAAAGGAGAGGUUGUUCGGUGCACGAAAUGUAAGACGAAGCGAUAUUGUGGUCCCUGUAUAACAAACUGGUACCCUAACCUGUCAGUGGAAGCUUUGGCAGAGGCUUGUCCGGUUUGUCAACUGAACUGCAAUUGCAAAGCAUGUUUACGCAUGGAAGUUCCUUUGGAUGUUGCUGCCAGUAUUAAGGAGAAAUCGAAGUUCACAAUUGCCAAAGAUCAGAAGAUUCAGUACUCUAAGUACAUCAUAAAAGAACUCCUGCCAUUUGUUGAACAGAUUCACAAAGAACAAGUGACAGAGAAGGAGCUCGAGGCUAUUAUUCAAGGUGUAUCAGUUUCAGACACUAAAAUCAUUGAAGCAGCAAUUGAUGCAGAUGAGCGCAUUUAUUGUGACAACUGUCGAACUUCUAUUGUUGACUACCACAGAAGCUGUCCUCGGUGUUCCUAUGACCUUUGCCUUAGUUGUUGUCGAGAACUCAGGGAUGGGCGCUUGCAGGGAGGUGAAAAAGGACCAUCUUUUAAAUAUGUCGACUACGGUUUUAAUUAUCUGCAUAAUAUCAAAGAUGAGAAUAUUUCAGAGAAGAAGAAAAUUUCAAAGAAGAGGAAUAUUUCAAAGAAUGUUGGUGAUCAGGAUAUUAGGGUGGAGGAUAAUCUGGAUUCUUCAUUACAAUGGAAAGCAAAGGAAAAUGGUGUCAUUUUGUGUCCACCAACAACCAAGGGAGGUUGUGGUGAAGAAAUUUUGGUAUUGAAGUGUUUGUUACCUGAUGGAUAUGUUUCAAAAUUGCAUGGGGAAGCAGAAGAAAUAAUUGAGGCAUACCAAACCGAAUGUGCCCCUGAAUAUCUAGAGAAUAGUUGUCCAUGUUCCAAAUUUUUGGAUGGAGAUGAUUUCACUAACCAAAAGACAUGUAGAGCAGCCUCUCGAGAAGAUUCAAGUGACAACACUUUAUACUGUCCUUCAGCUGUAGACAUUGGGCAUGGGGAUCUAAAACAUUUCCAGAGGCAUUGGUCAAAGGGUGAGCCAGUAAUAGUUAGUAAAGUACUUGAAACUACCCUUGGCUUGAGUUGGGAACCUAUGGUGAUGUGGCGUGCCUUCAGACAGAUUAAAAACAAUGACCACGAGACACGUCUAGAUGUGACUGCUAUUUCUUGCCUUGAUUGGUGUGAGGUUGAUGUGAAUGUUCACCAAUUUUUCACUUUGUAUUCGAAUGCAUAUACCGAGGCAGCACAUUUUGACAAAGCAGGGUGGCCUCAAAUACUAAAAUUAAAAGACUGGCCUCCAUCCACCUUAUUUGAGCAGAUGUUGCCUCGCCAUGGUUUGGAAUUUAUCAGCUGCUUGCCAUUUAAAGAGUAUACACAUCCUCAAGAUGGACAUUUGAAUCUUGUAACUGCACUUCCUCCACAGUCCAUAAAACCUGAUAUGGGGCCAAAAACCUACAUAGCUUAUGGAUUUAAAGAAGAGCUAGGGCGUGGGGAUUCUGUAACAAAGCUUCACUGCGAUAUGUCUGAUGCGGUCAAUAUCUUGACACAUAUCAAAGGAGUUACAAUUAAACCUAAAAAGCUUGAGGAUAUUCAAAAACUCAAAGCAGAUCAUGCUGUCCAAGAUCUAAGAGAGAUUUUUGGAGUUGUUCAAAAGGAAAUUGGGGAAGAAGUGAAAGCCUCGAAAGAGUCUGAUCUUGGCAAUAUGAAUGAUCCUGACAUGGAUGUUGAGUUAGGAGUUUCAAACAUUGUUGAAAACUGCACUAACGACGAUAGAGAGGAAAACCAUAAGGAGGUCUUAGAGAAAAAAGUUUUGAAUGCUGACGAUUGCAAAAAAGAUAUAAAUAAAGAGAGAUGUGAAGAGAGAGGUUUGCAGUCAAAGGAUCCUCAUACUGAAUGUAAAGUUGACAUGGAUGUAAAUGAUCAAAUACAACUUUCUGAAGAAAAAGUGGUUGUUAACCUUGAUAUGAAUAAUGGUAGUCUUGAUGAUGAUGAUGAUAGUGGAGCCCUUUGGGACAUCUUUAGGCAACAAGAUGUUCCUAAAUUAGAGGAGUAUCUCAAAAGGCACUUCAAAGAGUUUAGACACAUCUAUGGUAAUCUGCUUCCGGAGGUUGUCCAUCCAAUUCAUGACCAAACUAUUUACUUGACUUCAGAGCACAGAAAACGACUUAAGGAGGAAUAUGGAAUUGAACCAUGGACAUUUGUACAGAGGUUAGGCGAUGCAGUCAUUAUUCCAGCAGGCUGCCCUCAUCAAGUUAGAAAUUUGAAGAUUGGGUAGUCCUCGACGACGGUAGAGAGAAAGUUGGGAUGAUGGAGCCGGUGAGAUCGAAACUCAUCGAUCUAAACCCAGCCGAACAAUCAAAUCCGACCAAAAGUGAAACAAGAGAUGGAGAAGAAGAUGACGAAAAUUGAAGCGGACAGAGAUGACAACGGUUGAAACAGAGAUGGAGAAGAAGAUGACGAAAAUUGAAGCGGACAAGAACCGAAGCCUAUGUGUCCAUGACGACCAAGAACAUUUCUUACCAUAAACAAAACCAAUCAACACGACGGAGAGGAAGAAUCGAGAAAAUUGGAAAACAUUUGGCUCAAAUCGUCAUCACAACCACCAUCACUGCUUAGAGGCAUGGGGUUCACAGGGUGAUUAUGUCACCGGGAAGAGAAGAGCUGAAAUGUUAGGUCGUGUUUGGUUAUACAUUAAUGGCUAGAAAUUGCCUCAAAUUGGGCCAUUAAUGGCUGUUCGGUGUGUGUGCUUCAUUUAUGGAGGGCCCUUGAACAUGGUGGUGGCCCGCACUAUUCCUCAAUAAAUGCCAAAAAUUGAAUUUUGCCCAAAGAGGUGAUUUAGCGUUUCUGCAUUGAAAGAUGCAUCUAGUAUGGAGGAAAUUCUCCUUUAUGUCCUCUCAUCGCUCUCCACUUACAAGUGACAACCGAUGAACUAGAGCUUGAGAAAAGUAGCUCCAAUGGCACGUGCAGACCACAAAUCCCUUAUCAAGCACUAGCAGCAUUUAUGGAACGGUAGAGAUAGUAAGAGUGGGAGAGAGAGAGAGAGAGAGAGAAGGUGUGCGUGUAGUUUAUGAAAUUGUUUAUGAAAGUCCGACACCAUUACUCAUCUCAGCAAGCUAAUACAAACACACGAAUCACCCCACUUUUCAUU